AUGAAACCUGUAGCUGCCCAUCUAAGGUCUCAGGGGAUUCGGCUGGUAAUAUUCUUAGACGACAUCCUCCUCAUGGACCAAUCACCUGGUCGUUUGAGGUCCUCCAUGGAGACGGUCGUAAAUCUGUUACAUUCUCUGGGCUUCGUGGUAAAUCAGACAAAAUCUCAUGUCACCCCAACUCAGACUCUCACCUUCUUGGGAUUCGAGAUCAUGACGGUACCAUUGGCACUCUGCCUCGCCGUCGACAAGGGGUUAGCAAUCAAACAGGAGAUAGAUUCCAUACUCGGAGAGAGCAUAGGUGUGAGGGCCCUAGUGAGUCUGAUAGCUCGUCUGAAUCCUACUUCCUUGGCUGUUCUGGCAGCUCCUCUGCAUCUCAGGUCGCUCCAGUGUCUCUUGCAUCAGGCUUUACAGAUAGGCUCUUACGAGACCACAGUUACACUCUCCUCGGCAGCCAGGGAGGAUUUGGGGUGGUGGCGCACGGUCCUCCUGUCCCACCCCAGGCGCAGCUUGCACGAGAGUUCAGUCCUUCAGACCAUUCAAACAGACAGUUCUCUGCGAGGUUGGGGCGCUCACUCUCAGGGCCUGGUAGUUGGUCAGCAGUGGACCAACGAGCAAGCCCAGCUCCACAUAAACGAGUUGGAGUUGAUAGCGGCAUUCUUGGGGCUCCAGGCUCUUGGGAGGGUAUCCGACCAGGGCUGCAUCCUACUGCAGCUCGACAACAGGGCAGCAGUGGCUGCUAUCAAUCGCAUGGGGAGCACUCACUCCAGCAGUCUCAACAAAUUAGCCCUUCAGCUGUGGUCGUGGUGCCUGAAGCGAGGCCUAACGGUGCGUGCUCAACAUAUUCCCGGACGAUUUAAUGCUGUGGCAGACAGGGCCUCUCGUGUCCACUUCGACAACAGCAGUUGGAAACUUCAUGUGCCCACGUUUCGGAAGAUCGACAGCCUCUGGAGUGCUGUCAACAUGGAUCUCUUCACCGAUCUGUCGAACCAUCAAGUUCCACAUUAUUUCAGCUGGAAACCGGACCCUGGAGCAGCAGGGGUGGAUGCUUUCACCCAGAUCUGUGAAUCGAUGUCUCCAGAAAAUGUGCGAGACAGGCGGGGACCUCAUCUUAGUAGCCCCGACCUGGCCGUCGCAGCCAUGGUACAGCCUUCUCCUGGCUGUGUGGAAGCUGACCAGCGACCCCCUUCGCAUUCGAGCCUUUCGGGAGAGGCUGCAGGGCUUAUCUCCGCGUCUUGGCGCAGAGGCACCCGGCUCGCCUACAAUUCCUGCUGGCGGAGGCGGGAUAGCUGGUACAGUGCACGGUUGCUUGAUCCCUUUUCUCCCCCUUUGAAUACAGUCUUGAACUUCCUCGCGUACCUGCGCUACCAGGAGCAUUUGUCAUACAGGACCAUUAAUAGCUAUCGGUCAGCCCUUUCCCAAACUAUUGGUGUUUGCGAGGGCUAUCCUUUCGGAGAACACCCAGCGGUCACCCGGCUCCUGAAAGGAGUGUUUAACCUAAACCCCCCUCGUCCUCGUUACUCUGACAUGUGGCCGGUGGAGUCAGUUACUUCUUUCAUUUCUUCCUUAGGGGAAAAUGAUUCCCUAUCUCUGCGCCUGCUAUCGUACAAGCUGGUUAUGCUUCUGGCUCUGGCUACUGCGGGGCGCUCAGCCGAUCUCUGUUUGCUGUCCAUGGAUGGCAUUAAGCGUCAGCCGGCUGGCUGGGAACUGCGGCUUUACGGCUUACGGAAAACAUCACGGCCCUCUAAACCCUGGCCAUCCCUGUUCGUCCCGGCUCUGCUUCAGGAGCCCUCCCUCUGCCCAAUUCUAAGCAUAUCUAACACGUACACUCACCCUCCGUACUGGAUGUUCCCGACUCCUCUUGACUACUCAGAAACCCCACAGACCUGCCUCUCGGGACACAAUCGCCAAUUGGCUGAAGCGCAUGUUACAGUCAGCGGGCAUUGA